UGCUUCAUCCAGCUGACACUGCUUCAAAGCCUUAGGCAACUCUCAGACUCACAGAAUGCCUCUCUCUCUUCACACAGUAACCGUGUCUGCGACAGCAUAGGAGACCUCCAGAGGAUGAGUUCCCUGGUGGGCACCUCACACCUACAGCUAGCCGCCUUUGCUCUGGGUACGGUAGGCUGGAUCCUCUGCACCAUUUCAAUGGGAAUCGUGGAAUGGAGAGUGUGGCAUGUGGACAACACCACCAUCAUUUCCUCUGGCAUUGCCUGGGUGGGGAUUUGGAAAGUCUGCUUCAUCAGUUAUCUUCAUGUCUCACCUGGCUAUGAAGAACAGUUCUGCCAUAAAUUCAGUGGCUAUGACUCCUCCAUCCCCCAUGAAAUUUAUGCUGCCCAGGGUCUCCUGUUGAUUGCCAUGUUCAUGGGCUUGCUCGGAUUGACUGCUACAAUAUUUGCUCUGAGAAAUGUUUACAUGGGGAUCACUGACAAAACUCUCAUUACGCGUUUUUUCCUGGUGGGUGGCUUCUUCUAUGUAUUUUCUAGUCUGUGCAUCCUGAUUCCCGUGAGCUGGAAUUUCUAUUCUGUAACACACAACCAGAGCAUUGCUUUUCCUCCUUCUUACUACAUGCCCUCCAGCCCAGCAGUGCAGGAAGCUGGUGCUGCCAUUCCUAUUGGGAUUGUAGCUGUCAUCCUUCUGCUGCUAAGUGGGACUUUUUCUCUCUCGUACAGAUUUCCGGUGACUGUGAACACUACCAUGAAAUCCUGACAGGAUAAAUUCCUCCCAUGCUGUUUCAGAACAAGAGCAGUCAAGGGUUAAGGUCAGCAGCAUGAGUGAGUUUAUAAUCAAGGAACUGCAGAAUUUAGUCUAUAGUAACCACACUAUUUUGUUAUAUGAACCAACUGAAUUACCAUCUUGUCACAUAUGACCAGCAGUUGAUCUUUGGCAUAAUUGCUGUUGAGCAGCAACUAUGAUAAAACUUUUGCUAUUUGUCCUCUUUUGUAGAUACAAACGUCAUUGAUCAUUUUUUGUGUAAGA